AGUUGGCUUGGCACUAUGGACAACCUUUAUUAACUGUCAAAAAGGUUGCAAAUUUGUUAAUAUUUUUUAAAAUGUUACGUUAUAUUGCUUAAUAGUUGUUAUAUUUCAAUGUUUAUUUGUGUUUAAUAAAGUCAGUGUGAAAAAAUUGUAUAAUAUGGAGUCUGACUCUGCCCUUCAUGGUGAUCUUCCCGAUGGCGCGGAAAUGUCUCCUUUGAUCGAAAAUCAAGCAGAAACAAUAGGAGAUCUGGCGGAAAAUAAUGUUGCGGCCGAUGAAUCGGAAGCUGUUCCAACUACAGAAGAUGGAGCAACAAAUGGAGGUGCUCCAACAAGUAGUAGUGAUGUUUUGGAUCUAGAACCUGGUGUUGAUCCUGACAAUGAAGAGCAACCGGUGGAUGAGCCAGCAAAUCCUGAGGCAGAAGAGGAAAUGGAUAUAGAUGAAACAACUCCUGGAACUGUUGGUGAUGAGUCAGCCUAUAUAGGAGAUAAUUGUUUAUCAACUCCAGCAGAAACAGAAGACAAUUCCCCUCAAGAUGAACAUCUAGAACCUCUGUUAAAAGAUCAAAGUUUGGAUGAUGGGGAUGGAGAGAGAGAAGGUGCGGAUACUGCACAAGAAGAGUCUCCAGAUCAGUCUAUAAGCUCUGCUAUGCCUAUUGAAGGAGAAGGUGCACCUUUGAUUCAAGACGAGGAAUCCAGUACAAUGGAUGAGGAUAUGGGUGGAGGGGAAGGUGUAGCUAGUAGUGAUGAUGUGAAUGAUAUAAGCAGUGCUGCUCACGAAGUUCUCAGUACGGGCAUCAGUUCAAGUACAACAGAAGGUGGUGCAGAUAUAUCUAGCAGUGGACAGAGUGAAGCGGCUCUCAUUUCGUCCACGGCCAAUGGCCCUGCUAUUCUGCAUUCUUUUUCUGUAUUACCACAGCAGCAGCAAGCCAAUGAGUUCAGUGAUGCCGACACAUCUGAGAUGGAAGGUGCUGCUGACACUAUGCCUUCUGUGAGCGAGUCGAUGCCACUUCUCACUAUGUCUGCAAAUGGAUCCGCCUUGCUCUCACCAAAUUUACUACAAGCGGAGGAGAGCGGAGCGGGCGUAUCGUCGUCGGGCGCGGCGAGCGCAGAGGGCGCAGGGGCCGGUGCGGGGGCGGAGGGCGAGGGUGCCGUGAGCAGCUCGGGCGCGGCGCCGGGCGCCAACGGGGCGCCGCCGUUGCCGCCCACGGACGCCGCGCACGCGCUCGCCACACUCGCCAGUGCGGCGCUGCACCACCAGCACGAGCAGUCGGAGCCGGAAGAUCAGAAGCAACUAAACGACGAGGACGUUUGGUAUACCGUCGGCUUCGUGAAGGGAACCACGUUUACGGUACAAAACUACAUAUCGGAUCCUAAUGUGGACCUUUCAAAUUUAUCUCUGGAUAGUUUACCGGACUUGGCCACCUUACCUACUUCCCCAUUGGAAAAUGGCACGGCGUAUAAGUUCAGAAUAGCUGCAAUUAACUCGUGCGGACGAGGCGAGUUUAGUGAGGAAUCAGCAUUUAAGACUUGUUUGCCUGGAUUCCCUGGAGCCCCAUCCGCCAUCAAGAUCUCCAAGUCAGUGGAGGGUGCGCAUCUGUCAUGGGAACCGCCACAGGUGGCCGCCGAGGGUAUUUUCGAAUACUCAGUGUACCUCGCCGUGAGGUCUAACUCACAACCAAAGGAAGCGUCGAAGUCUCAGUUGGCGUUCGUGCGCGUGUACUGCGGCAAGACGAACACGUGCGUGGUGCCGCAGGCGUCGCUGAGCGCGGCGCACGUGGACUCCUCCACCAAGCCCGCCAUCAUCUUCCGCAUCGCGGCGCGCAACGAGAAGGGCUACGGGCCCGCCACGCAAGUCAGGUGGCUGCAAGACAUCAAAUCGACGGGGGUGAAGAGAGCAGGCGAAGGUCGGUUACCUGGCGCAUCACCUUCGAAACAACCAAAACAAUUAUUGCACUAAAUAUUAUUUUUAACUAUAAUUCUGAGGUUUUACUUAGAGUACAUUAGUAAUGUAUCGAUAAUAAGUGAUUAGAUUAAUCUGCCUUUAUGUGCUCUUAGCACAUUUUUAUCGUACACAUUUCGCAAAUAAAACUAUAUUUUGUAAUAAUGUUGUAUAGCAACUAAAAAUGAUGAUCUUGGAUGUUCAUCUCGGACGGCGUUCAAGUGUGACGUGUUUAAAUGAUGAAAUAAUUUGACUCCCUUUAUUGUUAAUGCAAUAAGUGACUGAUAAGAUGUUUUGUAAGUAUUCAAGUGAAUAGUAUAUAUAAGUGCAAAAUUAUAACUGUUAUAUAAAAUAUCCUUGCAGAAAAUAAACAUGAUUUUUAGAGA